AUGAUUGUCUGGUCGGGGUCAAUUCCGCUCAAGUCGGGCUCCAGCUUAGAAGGGAUUCGACUGGUCGAUCCCCAUUCGUACGGGCAGUCCGAGUUAUCCAAAGAGUCCCAACUGCGUCUCCGCAGCUUCGUCAAUCCAGCACUCAUUCCGUUACACGCGCGUGCCGGUCCCAACCUCGAACUGCACACCUCGCACGCGGGGACAUCAAAAUGGCUGCAGAGCAAACUAACGGGUUCCCUCUGGGCAAACGGAGAAGGGCCAUCCCUCCAACAAUCUCUCCAAUGCCCAGCAGGCCUUCUUCUCUCUGUGGAAAAUAACACCAAAACAACCGGCAAAGCCGCAACAACCCUCCUAGUCUACGGCGUGCUAUCCAGCGCAUCAUGCACACGCCCACCAACCCCACCACACUCAUCACCCUCCGACCUUCCAGGCCUUAGCAACCCCCAGCAGCGACCCUACGAACUACGCAUUUACGCAGCACCUCUCUCAACCGCCCGUCUCGCCCAAGCCCAAUCCUACGAACCCCCACCCUCAACCAUAACGCAACCCACCACCACCCCCCGCUGCGCAGAAUUCCUCCCAGACACAAGCUCCCCAAGCCCAAAACGCAAAAGAGUAGCAACUCUCUUCGAAGUAGCCGCCCAACACCACCGCCGCGUCCGCCAACGAGGCGGCGAAGCCGUCUCCCAACUCAUGGCACCUUCAAGACCAACCUCCUCAUCCCAAAACCUCCAAUCCCUCCGCAUAAAGCGCGAAGAAGACGAAUCCCCCCUCGACAAGAUCGUCCCGCAUCGCGCCCGCUCCGCUUCAAUCGGAACAAGCCUGCACCGCCCCAUGCGCAGCCGCGCAACGCCAGGGCCGAUUGUAGAUCCGCAGAAGCGUGCCCCAACGCCAAAUCCAUUCUUGGAUUCUGCCUCUGGUUCUUCGCGCCGUACACCAGCUCCGCAGGCGACUUCUUCACUUCCUGACGCGAAAGAGCAUUCCGCGCCUGGCUCGCCGGCUAAGGAUCCUGAUACCGUCGUUGCGGAAAAUAAGAAUCUCAUCACCCGUACUAUCCUGACGUGUAUGCGACUCUAUGGCUUCCAUCGUGCGAAUCCGCGCUCUGCGACGAAUAAGUCUGCUGCGGACGCUGAAUCUGAACUUCCUGGUGCGACGCCUGCGCCGGAGAUGCGUGAGACGCCGGCGCCUGGUGCCAGUGCUGAUGACGAUGAGUUUAAGGCUAUGUACCAUGCGACGUACAAGGCUGCGGCUUUUGCACUACGAAGGUAUUUGAAGCUGGUGCCUGGGGUUGCGGUUUCGGUCUUGGAGAAGGAGAAGGCUAUGACUUGUAUUGAUGAGUUGUUGAGGUUGUUCUGUGAGGAGCAUUGA